GCGGGAAACUGGAGAGUGAAACCUCGGUCCGGACUGUUGUUGUUCAGAGACUCACGAGACACUCGGGUUGUGUUUGAAACACUGAACCAGGUGUUUUAAACAUCAGUACCUACCUGCUUAUCACUACAGGAAGUCAGACGUGUCGAUUCAUGAACAACUAAACUUUAAUUAGUUUAAAACCUUCUCGUCACUUCCUGUUUAAGUGUCUCCCUCACUGUUUAUGGUUCACGUGUCUCCAAGGAAACGGCUUGUGUUUUUGUGUUGUCUUGUUUUCUGUUUCUUCCUGAGAUAAUAACCCGGAUUCUGAUCCUGGUUCAGUCGGGCUCAUUCAGCCUUUUUAGACCGCCACCCAGCUCUGACUCCAGGUGAGGCUUUGAUUUUUGCCGCCAUGUCGUCCAAGAAGAACCAGGUGAGCGACGAGCGCUUCAGGCGGGUGCAGAAGGACCCGCGCUUCUGGGAGAUGCCGGAGAGGGAACGCAAGAUCAAGAUCGACAAGCGUUUCCAGUCCAUGUUCCACGACAAGCGCUUCAAGGUGAAGUACACGGUGGACAAACGAGGCCGUCCCAUCAACCACACCUCCACAGACGACCUGAAGCGUUUCUACAAACUCUCCGACUCCGAGGACGAAGACGAAGGCGACGAAGAAGAGGACAAGAAGGCGGCGGCUGAGGGGAAGAAGAAGAAGAAGAAGAAGAAAGGGAUGGAGAAGCUGGUGAAGAGCACAGGAGGCGGAGCUAAAGGAGAGCGGCCCGAAGGAGGAGUCAGAGUCGUGGAGGAUGAAGAUGACGACGAUGAUGACGAGGAGCGGCAAACUGACGAGGAGGAGGAGGACGGUGUCGACCUGGGAGCCGGAGUGACAGACGGCAGUGAGGAGGAAGAUGAGGAUGAAGAAGAUGAAGAGGAGGAGAGUGAUGCUGGGAGCGGGUCAGAGGGGGAGGAGUCCGGUCUGGAUUCAGAGGAGGACAGUGACAGCGGGCCGGAUCUGGCCAGAGGGAAGGGCAACGUAGAGACGAGCUCAGACGAAGACGACGAUGACGACGUGGACGCCAUCUUGAGGAAAGAGGAAGAGGAGAUCGAACACGACUGGGGAGAGCUGUGCAAAGACGCGCCGCGAAGUGACGAGGUGUCUGUCCGGCUGGCCAUCUGCAACAUGGACUGGGACCGUAUGAAGGCCAAAGACCUGCUGGCUCUGUGCAGCUCCUUCACCCCGAAAGGAGGAGCCGUGCUGUCUGUCAAGAUUUACCCGUCAGACUUUGGAAAGGAGAGGCUGAAGGUGGAGGAGAGUCAGGGACCGAUGGAGCUGAGGGCGCUGCCCGACGACUCGGAGGACGACACUGAGGAGGAGAGGGUUUACAGGGAGAAGAAGCGCGACUACCAGUUCAAGCGUCUCAAGUAUUACUACGCCGUGGUGGAGUGUGACUCGGUCGACACGGCCGCCAAGAUCUACGAGGAGUGUGACGGCUACGAGUACGAGAGCAGCUGCUCCGUCAUGGACCUCCGGUUUAUUCCUGAUGACGUCACGUUUCCCGAGGAACCGAAAGACGCGGCGACGGACGUGAACCUGUCGGCGUACACGCCCAAACUCUUCACCUCAUCUGCCGCGGCCACAUCGAAGGUGCAGCUGACGUGGGACGAGACCGACCACGAGCGGGUGACCGCCCUCAACAGGAAGUUCAACAAGGACGAGCUGCUGGAAAUGGACUUCAACGCCUACCUGGCCUCCUCCAGCGAGGAAGAGGAGGAGGACGGAGAGGUUGCGUUCGGAGACGUCACAGCAGAGGCUAAACGGACAGAAGAGGAAGAGGAGAAACCUGAAGAGGAAGAGGAGAAGACGAAGAAGACGAAGAAGAAGAAGAGUGAGGAGCAGAUCUCCAAGUACAGAGAGCUGCUGAGAGGUCUGCAGGACAGAGAGAAGAAGCUGCAGGAGGACAAAGACAUGCAGAUGGAGAUCACCUGGGUGCCAGGGCUGAAGGAGACGACGGAGCAGCUGGUGAAGAAGAAGCUGGAGGGGAACGACCAGCUGACGCCGUGGGAGGAGUUCCUGCAGAAGAAGAAAGAGAGGAAGAAGCAGAAGAAGUCUCAGAGGAAACAGGAGGACGACCUCAGCGAUGACGAGCUCCCUCCAGACGUCGACCUCAGUGACCCCUUCUUCGCCGAGGAGCUCGGCGCCACAGAUCCAAAGAAGAAACAGAAGGGAAAGAAGAAGAAGCAGGAGGAAGAGGAGCGGACGGCUGAGGAGGAAGAGGAACUGGAGAGGCAAAAGGCUGAGAUGGCGCUGCUGAUGGAGGACGACGCCGGCGACGCCAAACACAAACACUUUAACUACGACAAGAUUGUGGAGCAGCAGAACCUGAGCAAGAAGAAGAGGAAGAAGCUGCUGAAGAAGGGGGCGGAGCCUGCGGAGGACGACGAAUUCCAGGUGGACGUUCAAGACCCUCGUUUCCAGGCCAUGUUCACCUCCCACCUGUUCAACCUGGACCCCUCCGACCCCAGCUACAAGAAGACUAAAGCCACUCAGAGCCUCCUGGCCGAGAAGCAGCGCAGACGGGAGGAGGAGCGGCGGCAGAAGGACGACGUCCUCGCCGCUCGGGCGACCGAGUCCACCGCUGGCGCCACACGGGAAAAUGACUCUGACGCUCCGGCGGCGAAGAAGCCGAUGGACCCCGGCCUGUCUUUGCUCGUCAAGUCCAUCAAGAGCAAAACGGAGCAGUUUCAGGCUCGGAAGAAACAGAAGCUCGUGUAGCUUCGGACUGAGACUUUAUCCUGACGACGCAGGAUCAACUUCCUGUUUGUUUUUAACGAAUCAGGUGAAAACUUCAGAUGCUGUUGAAAGGUUUCAUGUCACUGAUGCUGCAGAGGAAAUCAGUCAGGAAGAGAAACGCUCCGGUCGUUUAUGAGUCGGCAUAGCAACUGAUUAAAACGGUGACAACUGUUGUAAGUGUCACUUUACUGUGUUUCCCCUUAAUGAGCAGAACAUCAGGACUCGUGACCUUUAACAGACUGACGCAGAAAGAAAGACGUGAAGUGUUUAUUCAGACUUUAACACAAAGACAUUCUCUUAUAUUUUCAUUCAUGAUUACAGCAGCUUCAGUCACGUGUUAGAAAAUGAUAAACUAUUAGUCUGUUAUUAAGUUUGUCCUCACACUUACAUUAAAUCAAGCUCAGUAUCGAUUCCUGAUCAAACAACAGGUGUUUUCUGCUGGCCCCGCCCACUGCAGCUCAUCACUCUGCUGGUGCACCUGUCCUACCUGAAGCACACUGACCGAAGCUGUGUGCACCUGCGUCUCUGUGUAAACCUGUUGUUACUGUAGAACAGCUCUGCUUACGUUCCUGUAGCUCUUUCACAAUAAAAGCCUCAGUGUUUACCUGCGGAAAGCUUUGAA